AUGGGCAAAUAUGGCUUUAAAUGGUGGAAUUUUUUUAAUCGACAUAAAUUAAUCAAACCAAAAAAUAGGAAUAGUAGAGAGCAAGAAUGUCGCGAUAAUUUGGUUGAAUCCUUUGUAGAACAUCAUUUAACGGUUGAACAAAUUAAAGAUAUUUAUAUUGAUUCAAAAAUUCAUUCUCAAUACCCAGAACGAAGUGAUGGAUUAAGCUCUAUUGAAGCACGCAAACGUUUACGUGAUGGUGGCGCUAAUUUUAUUGAAUGUCCACGUAAGAUUAGUAACGUGAAAUUGUUUCUGCGUCAAUUUUUGUAUCGGUUAUGGUUGUUACUUCUUGGUGCUGCAGUGCUUAGCUUAGCAACAUAUAUUAUUCAUUUAAUGCACGGUAAUAAUGAACCUGUUAAUCUUUAUUGUACAUUAAUUCUUAUUUUAAUUGUCAUUCUCAUGUGUUUUGUAACAUUUUAUCAAGAAAAACAAACACUUCAAGUAAUAAGUGACUUGAAAGCAGUUCUUCCGACAUCUUGCAUUGUCAUCCGGGAUUGCAAAAAGCAACAGGUACCAGAAGAGGAACUGGUUACCGGUGAUUUGGUUGUAAUAAGCGCUGGUGCUAUUAUACCCGCUGAUAUGCGCAUUUUGCAGUCAAAUGGCUUGAAGAUUGAAACAUCAGCCAUAACAGGUGAUAAGGAUGCUUAUGAUUAUACGCACGAAGCUGUUACAACAUAUCCAUCAGUAUUUGAAGCAAGAAAUGUAGCAUUUAAAGGAUCAUUUUGUCUUGAAGGUGAUGGAAUAGGAAUUGUUGUACGAACUGGAAAAUAUACGGUUCUUGGCUAUAUCAUAAACAUUCGUCAACAAGUUAGCAAAACACGAAGCAAAUUAAAAAUGGAAAUUGAUGAAUUUGUCAAUUUUAUAUCAAUCUUAGCUUUGAUAAUGGCAACCGUAUUCUUUAUGUUUGGUAGUAUCAUAAAUAACUUUCAAAAUGUUUUGGAUCAUUUUAUCAUUGGUUUCUUGAUUAUCAUAGUAGCAAACGUACCGCAAGGUUUACCUGCAAUGGUUAUUUCACAACUGGCAAUUAUUGGUAGACGAUUAGCUAGUAAGAAUGUUUAUAUUAAAAAGUUGGAUAUUAUUGAUGAGCUUGGUGCUACUACCGUAGUUGCAACUGAUAAAACUGGUACACUAACACAGAAUAUGAUGGUACUCACAGAUUUGUGGUACAAUCGAAAGCACCAACCAAGUCAUAACUAUGUGAACAGUCAAUCAGUUCUCGAUAUGAAUUGUCCUAAACCAACAUGUGAACAACCACUAUCAGAUAUCUUUGUGGUAAUGAGUGUUUGCAACAGGGCGCAUUUUGAAUGUGUUCGGAGCUCACAAUAUUUAACUUCAAAGAAAAUUUCAUCAAAAAUGUCAAAUAUGGGCCAAGUCAGCAAACGAUUUACUGUCCUAAAUUCCGUUACUGGAAAACCAACGAUGGUAUUUUCGAUGCAAAACAAUGAAAUGGAAGCAAAAGAUAUAUGCAAGAUUGACGAUAUUCAGCAAACCAAUGAAGUUCAGUGUGAAAGUAAUAAUAUAUUUGAACACAAUCAUAUAUACGGUUCACCGUCUGAUGUUGCAUUACUUCGUUACGUGGAAAUGUUUUCAUCAGUGGAGAAAAUUCGAAUGAAUUACAUUACAGUUCUUGAUAUGCCAUUUAAUUCGGUACGUCGAUAUCAUUUGGUGGUAGCACGUGAUGUGACGGAAUUAUCAGAAAUGGAAAAAGAUGAGAAAGGAAUGAAUCAAUCAAAUGCUGGUGGUGGUGGUGCUGGUGCUGGUGGUGGUGCUGGUGCUGGUGCUGGUGGUGGUGGUGUUGGUGCUGGUGGUGCUAUGUUUGUAAUGAUGAUUAAAGGUGCACCGGAAGUUGUCUUAAAAUAUUGUAAUUAUCUACAAGUUGGUAGAGAAUGUUUACCGAUUGAUCAAGAACUUCGUCAAGAGUGCCAGGCAGCUUGGGAAUAUUUUGGAAAUGAAGGAAAAAGAGUAUUUGCGUUUGCUGUAAAACGUUUUUUUAUCAGUGAUGCAAAUGUUAAGUUUACAUCUUCCGAUAUUGUGUUGGAAAAUUUGAUAUUUUUAGGAAUGACAGCAUUAAUUGAUCCACCACGUGAUGAUGCAGCAAAUGCGAUAAAGCAAUGCAAAGAAGCUGGUAUUAAAGUUUAUAUGAUUACAGGUGAUCAUCCGACAACUGCAGUAGCAGUAGCUCGAAAGAUUGGACUUAUUGGUAUUGGUGAUGAAAUGGUGGAAUCAAGUGGUCGUGAUCAUUUAAAAUUGAGUGUAAUUGGUGCAAAGCAAAUAAAUUGGGGUGUUGCAGUAGGCGAUGAUUUGGAUCGUUUGGAUGAAUAUGGCUGGAAUGAAUUACUCAAAAAGAAAUACAUUGUUUUUGCAAGGAUAAAUCCGUAUCAGAAAUUCCGAAUUAUUGAAGAAUGUCAAAAACGUGGUGAAAUAGUAGCUGUUACCGGUCAAGGUGUUAGUGAUACACAAGCACUUGCAUGCGCUAACAUCGGUAUCGCAAUGGGUAUUACAGGAAGUGAUAUAGCAAAGCAAGCAGCAGAUAUCAUUCUAACAGAUGAUAAUUUCGCUUCAAUUGUCAAAGGAAUCGAAGAAGGACGUCUGUUAUUUGACAAUUUGCGCCUUUCAAUUGCUUAUACAUUAGCUCAUCUUUGGCCAGAAAUAUUUCCAGUUGUCUUACAGUUUACACUUGGUUUGCCAUUAGGAUUAUCAGCCUUACAGAUUUUAAGUAUUGAUUUGGCAAGUGAAUUACCACCAUCGAUCUCGUUAGCAUAUCAAUCACCAGAGAAUGAUAUCAUGCGAAUUCCACCGCGACAUCGUAAUGAUCGGCUUGUAUCUCGACCUCUUCUCAUUUAUUCAUAUGCUUUUACUGGAACAAUAAUUACAGUAGGAUGUAUUAUCUCUUUUCUUUUUGUUUAUCGAUAUCAUAAUAUUGGAUUAAAUGAUUUACUUUUUACUGCUGAUAAUUAUUGGUCUCGAGAAGCGAACAAUUUUACAGUUAAUGGUGUGGAUGUAUUAACACCAUCUGAGCAAUUAUACAUUAAAGGUCAAGCAGCAGCAGCAUGGCAGAUUACUUUAGUAGUCUCUCAGGUUUUUCACUUAUAUAUGUGUACAACACUAUUAUUAAUAUGCAAUGAAUUACGAAAAUUUUGCAUACGACGAUGGCCAACAAAUUUUUUCGUAAAAUUUGUUAAUUUUUAA